AUGGCUACCACUGCCAUGUCCGCUCAAAAGACUUCCGAGGCGGAGCGGUGCUCCCGUGAGGCAGCUGUCGAGGAACUAGUGGACUGGCUCAAAGAGUCUCCUGAGAAACUCAAGACGAUCAGAGAGAUGGACGAGCGCCGCUGGUUCAAAAUCCUCGAGGAAGCGUGGAAGAAGGCGAUGGCAGAAGGAAUUGUGUCUGUUCCUCUACCUCUACCUCUACCUCUACCUGACACUUGCACUUCGACACCUCCCGCUUCCAAGCAACACCAGCAACAAACUCUUGGCGAGCCAGUCUCGCUUCGUCGAUCUUCUGACACUCAACAGGAGGUGAUCGAGACGGACUCAAAGCGCGGAGGACCAACUUCCACGCCGAGUGAGGCCUUGGCAAUGCCAAAGUCAGAGCGGGACAGUGACGGCGACUCGGGCAUCGCGAUCCAAAAUUCAGCUCGCAAGUCACACUCAGGGACUGAAUCGACAUCUAAGGGCUCCAUCUCCAAGGGUUCUGAGGAUAAAGGUUCUGUGCAGACAACCUCAGUAGCCCCGAAGAAGACUAAGUCCGAACCAGGAGAGAAGAAUCAAACCUCACCUGUCACCACAAGUGCAAAUUCAACACCGCGCAAGGGCCUCGCCAUAAUUAAGAAGACUGCGGCGCCGAGCUGGGUGCUGACUGCUUCAGAGAAGGCUGAGGUGCAGGAAGGCAGCGUCUCCCCUCCGAGCAAGCCCGAUCGCAAACUUGAUCAGGCUCACGCAAACCCACAAAAGACCUUCGCUGAGACUGAGAAGGCUGAGGUGCUUACAUCAGUGCGCAGUGCUCCAGGCAAGGCCGAGCAUGAAGGAAGCAUCCCUGCGCAGACCAAGCCCGAUCACAAAAAUGCGCCAGCCCUUGCAAAAGCCUCGUCGACUCCACCAAAGGCCUUCACCAAGACUGAGAAGCCUGUGGCGUCUAAAUCUCCAGGAAAGCGCGAGCGCAAUGAAGGCAGCUUCUCCAAGGGCGAUCGCGAAAGUGAGCAGGCUCAGCCGCAACACUCGUCGUCCCCCGGGAAGGCCUUCCAAAAGACAGAGGAAGCCGUGGUACUACAUUCCAAGACGGAGCAACGUAUCAAGCUGGAAAUUCGUGAAAUCUUUCGGCUCCUCAAGGGCAUGACUGGGCCUCAAGAAGUGGUAGCUGCUCGUAUCGUCGGAUCCAUUGCUGGUGCCAAGUAUCUGCAAUCAGACGGCGUGGACAUUCGCAUGGACCUCGACCAUCCACUCCCACGCAGAGCUCACGAUGCGCUUCUGGACUUCGUCAGAUGGGGCAUCGCUGCGGACAUCAAGAAGGCUGAAGGUUUAAUCAGCAAAUACAGCGCUGUAGGGACGACCCCGAAACCUGUCUCGACUCAGCACGCGAUGAAGCGUAAGCGUGAGGAAAUGGAAGAGCAAGUUUCUCUGGCAAACCGCAAAGUCCCGGCAUGUGCUACGUUCAAGGCGCCGGGCAUAAAGCGCACGCCAUCUCCACAGAAGCGGAAGGUUGGAAGCCAAGAGACAACUCCAAGAUCCAGAGCGGCCAUUCAAGCGGUGAAGCGCAAGCGUGAAGAAGACGACGCAGCGCCACCUCCAAAGAAGCAGAAAUCUCUACCUGCUGCGGAGAGCGUUCCAAUACAAUUGCCAAGCUUUGUACGCCGGCAUGGUGAGAAGAAAACCUCGAACAGAAAUCUCACUCGGCUAGAGGACACUCUCUACGGCCGGCGGAGAAUUUGA